AUGGAUUUACUGCAAGAUGGUAGACCAGAUAUAGUUAGUAAAAGAAAACUGCGUCGAGCCUUAUAUCUCACAAGAAUGGAGUACGAGGCGAUAUGUGAUGAAAGGAUUAAGCAGUUUAUUGAUUUAUAGAUAAAAAACUAUGGUGAAAUAGACAUAUUCAAGCAUUCGCAGUUGGAAUUCAGAGAGCAUGAACAGCUAGAUUAAAUUAACGAAGAAGAAGAGGGUGAAACUCAAAAUGAUUAAAAGCAGUUAAUUGGCAGCGGUUUUGAAGCCAUGAUCUAGAAUGAUGAUGUAUAAUAUGGGAGUAGAGUUGGAUCAAAGUAGGGUAUAGAAAAAGACUUUAACUAUAAUUCCUAGUAUAAUUAAGAAAUAGAGCCAAUGUAGAGAACAAGACUUGAAAGUAAUAGAGGGCAAUUUUCAAGCUACUCUUGCUCAUAUAGCAACCCAGAUUAUUCAAGUGGGGUCAAUGAUGACGUUAAAUUGACUUUUAGCAAUUUUUAUGACCUAAUGAGCAAUAAAAUUGUUCAAUAAAAGCGAUCCUCUUCCUUGAACACUGUAUUUGAAUCUAGAACAGAAAACGUAUCUUGCAUUCUUUGGCCCUCCUUUACUGGAACUAAUAGAAAUCAAAAGAAAAUUGAACAUAGUGGCCUAUCUCCUCCACAUCACAAUAAAGAAGAAUAUAAGAUCUAGGUUAAUGGCUUAACCGUUAAUACUAAUGAGGAAUUUAAAAACGAUAAUUAGCAAUAUCAUAUAAAUCGAUUUGAGGUUAUAGAUGAAAAUAAAUUCAGAUCAAAAGAAUAAGACAACAUUUAAGUGAUUUAGAGAACCCCAGAGCAGUCACCAUUCAAAGAUCGAUAGAGCUACGAUUAGAAUCAAGUGGUUGAUCAUGAAACUUAUUUGUUUAUGAGGUAAAGCCAAUAGUAAUCUGAGACAUCGCAGUAAUUAUGA